CUUAACUACCCAGCAUGCACUUCGUCGACGCCAUUUUUCUUGUUUUGACGUGCUGCGAGGUCUACCUUCAAAGAUCUGGACAAAUCUAUUUUAGCAAAUAGCAACUUCUCUGUUUGUUAUUUGUGUCUUAAAAUUUCCUCGUAGCGAGUGUCGAAAAAAAGGAAAGCAUCAUGGCGCAGUACAAAGGAGCUGCCAGCGAGGCCGGCAGAGCCAUGCAGCUGAUGAAAAAACGAGAAAAGGAGAGAGAACAGCUUGAGCAGCUGAAGCAGAAGAUUGCAGAGGACAACAUGGUCAAGUCCAACAUUGAUAAGAAAUUCUCGGCUCACUAUGAUGCUGUAGAGGCAGAGCUGAAGUCCAGCACAGUGGGUCUGGUGACUCUGAAUGAUAUGAAGGCCAAGCAGGAGGCGCUGGUGAAGGAGAGGGAGAAGCAGCUGGCCAAGAAGGAGCAGUCCAAGGAACUCCAGCUCAAACUAGAGAAGCAAAAAGAGAAGAAGAGAAAGGAGGAACAGAAGAGGAAAAUAGCCAGUUUAUCCUUUAAUCCUGAAGACGAAGAAGACGAAGAAGAGGAAAAUGAAGAAGAAGAGCCGGAUUAUGUUCCAGUUAAGAAGAAACUAGGGAAAAAUCCCGAUGUGGACACAAGUUUCCUUCCUGAUCGAGACAGAGAGGUGAGGUUAAUGGGAAGGACACUUGAAACCAAAACUGCCUCAUUCAUUUUGAAAGAGGAACAGUCAGUGGGGAAACUCAAACACUCGAUGAAGAAGGGUAACACUAUCCAGAACUUCCUGCAGAGGGCCCUGGAAGUCCUCAGGAAGGACUUCAGUGAGCUCAGGUCUGCCGGAGUAGAGCAGUUGAUGUACAUCAAGGAGGAUCUGAUAAUUCCACAUCACCACAGUUUUUACGACUUCAUCGUGACCAAAGCCAGAGGCAAAUCUGGUCCUCUUUUCAGCUUUGAUGUCCACGAUGAUAUUCGACUUGUGAACGAUGCCACUGUAGAGAAAGAUGAGUCUCAUGCAGGUAAAGUGGUGCUGAGGAGCUGGUAUGAGAAGAACAAGCACAUCUUCCCUGCUAGUCGCUGGGAGCCGUACGAUCCUGAGAAGAAAUGGGACAAAUAUACAAUCCGAUGAAACAGCUGUUUUCUCCAGCCUCUGGAAUCCUUGAUGCAAACUUUUUUUUGUUAACUACCUUCUUAUUUUACUCUUUUACACCAUAGUUCAUCAACGCUUUAUCAAGAUUUGAUAAACUAUUGAUUUAUGAUUUUACUUGGUAUUUGAAAUACUAUUUUUCCUAAAUGUAUUUGAAUUGCCAAUGCAAUGUUUCCUGAGUAAACAACCCCACAUUCAUAUGUAUAUAGCUCAUAAACAUGUUGUAGCAUCUGCCCUUAAUAAAACAAAC